AUGGAACGGUGGUGGCAGCUCCUGUUAGGGCUGUGGGCAGUCACGCCGCCCACCUGGGCUGGGGACGAGCUGCUCAAUGUCUGCAUGAACACCAAACACCACAAGCGAGAGCCUGGCCCAGAAGACAAGCUCUACGAGGAGUGUCUCCCCUGGCAAGGCAAUGCCUGCUGCACGGCGGGCACCAGCUGGGAAGCCCAUCUGGACGUGUCCCUGCUCUACAACUUCAGCUUGCUCCACUGUGGGGUGAUGAUGCCAGGCUGCGAGAAGCACUUCCUCCAGGCCAUCUGCUUCUACGAGUGCUCCCCGAACCUGGGGCCUUGGAUCCGGAAGAUGGACUCGGGCGGGCCAGGAGAGCGAAUUCUGGAUGCGCCCCUGUGCCAGGAGGACUGUGAGCAGUGGUGGGAAGACUGCCAUACAUCUUACACUUGCAAAUCCAACUGGCAUGGCGACUGGGACUGGAGUGGGGGGAAGAACCGUUGCCCUGCAAGGGCUGUCUGUCGCCCUUUCCCCCAUUACUUCCCCACCCCGGCUGACCUGUGUGAGAGGAUUUGGAGCCGCUCCUUCAAGGCAAGCCCCGAGCACCGGGGCAGCGGACAGUGCCUGCAGAAGUGGUUUGAGCCUGCUCAGUGCAACCCCAAUGUGGCUGUGGCCCGCCUCUUUGCCAGCACGGCCCCGUCCUGGGAAGGCUCCUACACGCUCAUGGCCUUCUCCCUGCUCCUGUUGUUCCUAUCCCAAAGCCCCUUCUUCUCCCACCUGCAGACCUGCACUCCCCCAGCUGUGGGGCAGCCUGCGCCAUGGCAGCCCCCUUUCUUGGGUCCUUCCUUUAAAUGGAGCAGCAUGGGCUGGGGGGCGAGGGGGACACUGAGGCUGCAGGAGCUGGUGCCCAAGCCGUGA